AUGAUGGUAGUGCCUGGAAGCGCCCCCGUCAUCCAGCAGGAUCAUGCUCUGGAGCCGGACUUAGGACGACACUCAACGGAGAACUCUGCCAUGGGCCCUGACACGGAGCCGGCGCCCGAGGAGGUCGGCCCGGAGCUGGAGGAGGUGCGAAAGCUGCGGGAGCUGGUGAGGAGACUGGAGAUCGAGAACCAACACCCGAGAACGAAGAGUGGCAGGAGUGUUCUUGGGCCGAACAGGCCGAGCGAGAUCCGUACUGGUGUGGCUAACCAUGACUCGGGCCUGAACGGGCUGGAAAUUCAGAACAGCAUCAACGCGAUCACUGAGAAGCAAGAAUUGCAGCUCGUGGCGGAUCUGCGCAGCCAGCUCAGCAAAAUGAGGAAAGAGGAAGGGGAGAACAACUGCUUAAAAAAAGGUGUGGGUGCCCAAACGCAACGUAACUGCCACAGCGCCGCCGAGGAGCGCCCUGCCCGCGUGCCUGAGGCGGAAGCGACGGCCGCCAGUAACCUCAGGUGUGUCUCGCGUGUGGGCGCGAGGGACGGCACGGAGCUCGGGGGGAGCGUGGUCGGCGCAGGUCUCGAUGCCUCCGUUAAAGCGAACGAACAAAAUCCGGACGAAGACUGUGGAGAUGUAGAAAGCCUGUCGAACGGCGCGGAUCUGGAUGAAGUGAAAGUGUUAGAACUUGAAAACUGCCCCGAAGAGGAGGACAGCUGGCUCUACGUGUCCCCGAGAAAAUCUACCGCAGAUCAGAAAACGGACUCGCCUUUAAAGUGGUGCCGGCAGGUGCUGGAUAAUCCCAGCCCCGAGACGGAGGCGGCCUGCCGAACCCUCAUCAACAGGCUCGACCAAGCCAGUAGAUGGAAAAACCUGUAUUGCAGCCCACUGGCGUCGCCAAGCGCACAUAAUUUGAAUACAGAGGCAGGCUCCUGUAGCAAUGCACUAAACUCUCCCGGGCAUCUCAAAUCGACUAACAAAGCACUACUAACCUGUGGCAGCUCAGGCUACCUGAGCAUGCAUUCGGCGCUGAGCUCCCAGUCGUCUGUGGACAGCGAGCUGAGCACGUCGGACGACUCCAUCUCGAUGGGCUACAAGCUGCAGGACCUGACUGAUGUCCAGGUUAUGGCGCGCCUUCAGGAAGAAAGCCUCCGUCAGGACUGUGCCUCCAGCUCCGCUUCGGUGUCGCGCCGCAGUUCCAGUGCCUCCCUUCACUCCCUGCGGAGAGGGACCUACAGCGACCAGGAGUUCGACACGUACAGCCUGGAGGACGAGGACGAUUACGACUGCUCCCUGUCCUACCGCAGCGCUCACAGGUACUCGCCGUCUCCGCUCAGCUCGCCCCGCUGCCAGUCCCCGUCUUCCAGCGCCGAUUACGGCAGGUCUUCGACUUCCCGCAUCCGUCCCCCGAGGAGGUCGGUGCAAAGUCCCAUGCAGGACCGGCUCAAGUACGCCAACAGCGAAGGUGAGCUGCUUGUGAGUGCACAAACGUACCCGGCGGUGACGUGCAAGCGGGAGGGGUGGCUGACGCCCCCGCGGGGCGGUGUUGCCACCCGGCGAGACCUGGGUGGGCUGGAGAGCCGGGCGGGGAGACAUCGAAUGAACUCCCACAAGGGCGAGCGUUGA